AAGUUAAUCGUGAUGAUAUGAAAAUGAAUGUUGAUUUUUUUCAUCAAAUUAUACUUUUCAUCCUUUCUUCCAUUUCUUUCACUUUCUUCCAACUUUCAACUCACGCUCAAGUCUUCCUCAAAUCCACCGAGUUUCAACUUUCAUUUCAACUUCAACUCAAAACAACGGUAAGUCUGUCUGAAUGAAGGCAAACAAAAAAAAACAAAAACAUCAACAGACAAAGUUGACCAUUAGAGGAUAAUCAAUCCUUUCCCAUUAACCACUUUUUUAAACUCGUUUACGUCUUUAACAUCUUUGAUCUUGAAUCAUCUUCGAUAAUAAUUUCACAGUCAAUUUGUUUCUACUCUAAUCAACUCUCACCAUUAGUUCAUGUGUCAAGCAACAAUAGAAAGGUGACUUUAUGUGUUUCAAUUUCCAUGUCCAUUGUGAUUAUGAACUUUGGCUGGAAAAGCUGAUUGUACUCAUUGGAUUACUCGCCCUUUGUGUUUAUCUGUGAAUAUCAAUAACAAGUCAAGUCAUUUUUGGCUUCAAGUGUUGUGUCAAUCCUUUGUGUCUUCAAUUUCACCUUUCAAUCUUUAUCUUUGGAUUUACCAUUAAACAUCAAUAUCCAAAUGAUCAAAAAUGUCGAGAUGAAAAUUUGGAUAAAUUGAAAUUCCCUCCAAAAAAAGACUAACCAAAAGACAUGAUUGGAUCAAGAUUGAAAUGAAGUUUAAAUUCACUUUAUAUCUAUUUUACCUGAUUCUGGACUCAAUUUGUACUUCAGCUUCCGGAAAUUAUGUUGGAAUUGUUGGUAAAAGUAUUUCAAUAGCUUGUAACACCAAUUUAUGGAGUGAAAAUGAUAUCUCUUUAAUCCUUUGGUAUAAAGGAUCCAAAGGUGUUCCAAUCUAUUCAAUAGACUCUCGAACUACUUCACUCACCAAUUCAAGGCACAUGUCGUCUGGACCAAGAUACAAGCUUAAUGUUUCCAUACUUCCUCCUGAGUUGAUUAUUGAUUCUCUUGUAGAGGCCGACGAAGGUGAAUAUCGUUGUCGAGUCGACUACAAGAAUGAAAGGACUCAACAUUAUGCCACAUUUCUCGAAAUUUUAGUUCCACCUAGAAAUAUGCUAAUUAUGGAUCAAGAUGGUCAAAUACUCAAAGGUCUUGCUGGACCUUUUAAUGAAGCCUCUUCCCUGGCUUUAACCUGUCAAACAAUGGGAGGUCGUCCACUUCCUCAACUUUCCUGGUGGUCCAACGGUCAUCUCAUUGAUAAUAGUUCAAAUCAACCCGCUUAUGGAACCAUUCGUAACACAAUUAAAUUAUCUUCCCUCAACAGAAGUGACCUCUACAAAAGUCUAGAAUGUAAAGCUUUAACUGUAAACCAAACCGUCCUCAUGUCCAAAUCGAUAACUUUAGAUUUAAAUUUGAAACCGUUGGAUGUCCGAUUAGUCAAGUUGACUAAACCCCUUUCCUCGGGAACCAAAGCUGAACUAGAGUGCCUUACUUAUGGUUCAAAGCCUGAAGCUCAGUUGACUUGGUGGAAGGGCCACAAAAGGUUGACCAAUGCUCGGGCAAUGGUUACAACAGAUACUAAUGUUACCAUAAGUAGGUUGUCUUUCAUUGCCACAACUGAAGAUAAUGGUAAAUACAUUUCAUGUCGAGCCGAGAAUCCGGCGUUCAACAGUACUUUACUGGAAGAUGGAUUCCAUUUGACUGUUCAUUAUUUACCUCAGUUAACAAUCAAUUUAGGUGCCAAUAUUAAAAGAGAUUCAAUUCGAGAAGAGAAUGACGUUUUUUUAGAAUGCUCAGUCAAAUCGAAUCCACCCGUUGAUGAGAUUAUCUGGACCUUUGAAGGUGAAACAUUGAGAAGCAAUAUAAGCCUUGGAAUUAUUGCUUCCAACCAAUCACUCGUCAUUCAAAAGGUUAAACGGGCACAUCGAGGCUACUAUCGUUGCAUUGCCCGUAAUGCUCAAGGCCAGUCUACAAGUGAUCCUUUUUUUCUUCGCGUUAAAUAUUCACCCAUUUGCAAACCUGGACAACGUUUUGUCUACGCAACUGCUCGCAAUGAAAUGAUUACGGUAACCUGUGACAUGGAUGCCGAUCCAAGUGACCUUUCAUUCAAAUGGCGCCUCAAUACAACUUCAAUUUCAACGAUCAUUGAAGGAUUUUAUUCCAAUGGUUCAACCAGUACAGUUCCUUACAUGGCCAAAAACCGAUACAGUUAUGGUCUGCUUCUUUGUUAUGCGGAAAAUGAGAUUGGACCUGUUAAAGAACCUUGUAUUUUUCAACUCAUUCCAGCAGGUCCACCGGAUAAAGUAUCUAAUUGCAUCAGUAAUCAUUCAAUGUCAACUCUGUUUAUUGAAUGUUUGCCAGGUGAUAAUAAUGGUUUAACCCAAAGUUUCCAUGCUGAAGUGUUUAGUGGAUUCUCUUCAAACCUUGAGCGAAACUUGACCAAUCCCAAAAAGCCAGCCUUUCUUAUAAGCGACCUUAUACCAGGAUCGACUUAUAUUUUUCACAUUUAUGCUUCCAAUGCCAAAGGUCGAUCUCACUCGUAUCGGUUAGUGGCAACUACUCUGGGUGAACCGGAGAAACAAAUGAGUCAAGAAAGCAUUGACCAAGUAACCUUUGGUCCAAUUUUUGUAUCAUUAAUCGGAUUUGUAGCAAUACUGGUCAUCAUAUCAAUCACAAUAAUAUUAUUUUUACGGAAACGUUCACAUCGACGAUUUAGUUCAAUCAAUGGGCAAGUUGAAGUCAAUGUAAACUCGGAUCAUUCCAAAUUCAACAACAUUUCUCCCGGAAACAAACCUUUGAAUGGAUCAGAGACUCGAAAGUUGAACAACGUUUCAAGUGCCUUGGACAUUGAGUGUUCAGUGUUUGAACUGAAAGGGGAAACUCAAAAACGUACUUUAAACUCACCUGAUGCUCGAUACAUUUACCAACCCAAUGGUCCACAAUAUCAGAUAAACUGUAAUAUGCCUAAGGAUCAAAUGCUUCCCUUGUUACCUGGAGAUGUUACUGAGGCAACAUCAGUAUAAAACAAAAAUAUUCAUAUUUUUAUUUAAAAGAAGCAAAAUUUACUUGAAACACUUUUCUCCAAAC